AUUUCGAUUUAUUGUUUCGUUCCCAGCCUAAUGCGGCAAGCGCAAGCAAGGAGAGACCACAAGAGCAAGAAGAAGACGUCGUGGACUCGUUCCGCCUCAGAGAUUUUUGGAAAGCUUACGAGGAGUGGAGUGCUUACGGCGCCGGAGUCCCGAUCAUGCUGCCUAACGGAGACUCCGUGGUGCAAUACUAUUUCCCUUCCUUAUCGGCAAUGCAGAUCUUCACUUACAAGAAGUUCGCAGGGCCGCGUCCCGAUCUCAAAUCUUCCAAGAGGUCCGGAGAGGGAUCGUCUUCAACUGAGUCCGAGAACGUGACCGUGAACAGUGAUGGGAGCAAGAGCAGCUUGGACCCUCCAAGCAAUAACUCAAACAAUGCUUAUGCUAGGCAUGAAGGCCCAGAGCGAGUCAAAGAGUAUCACGGCGAACUGUACUGCCAAUACAAUGAGAUACUGAACCCGUAUAGUCGAGCCCCCCUAAGCGUGAAGAUCAAAGAACUGGCACAGAAGUAUCCCUGCUUGACUACUUUCCGGAGCACCGACCUCACUCCACACAGCUGGGUGGCCGUUGCUUGGUACCCGAUCAUUCAGAUACCCGUGAUGAGAAACCGAAAGGAAUUAUCUGCAUCUUUCCUUACUUACCACAUGCUGUCAUGGUCUCCUCAAGGUCUGGUAAAGGUCAUUCCAGAAGACAAUCAGAGAAUCGAAUCCAUUGUUCCACCAAGAAGAGAAAGCAAAGUCCUCACAAAUGGAGAAUGUAAGUAUGAGAUCGGGAUUCCUCCAUUUGCAAUGAGCACAUAUAAGAUGAAUGGAGUGUUUUGGGUCAAUCCUAAGACGCUUGAUCGGGAGAUGAUGGUUUCCUACCAGCGUGCUGCUUGGUUCUGGUUAAGAGAACACAAUUUUAGUCAUCAUGACUAUAACUUCUUCGUGUCUCAUGGUAUAUGAUAAAUAUACAGCUUUAAGUCCUGUCUCACCGUGUCAACUACCUGGCUCAUCUAUACCUUCUCAAAGGUGUUUUUCCAAGGAAUGAAGAUGUUUCUUAAGGAUUUCAAGCAGAGCACAA